UUAGUGUAUUCCCAGAUCAACAACACUGGGUACAUAUGUGGUGUAGUGUAUUCCCGUGCAUUGGGAUGAAGAUAACGCAAUCAUACAUCAUUUAUGAACAUCUAUAUAUGAAAAAUUAACAUGCAUCGGCAUUCCCUAUUUCGUUGCAAAUGUUCAUCUCAUUACCAGCUUAUCCGUUUGCCACUUCCAACCAGGUAUAUUGUACAAAACAUUGUAAUCUGUUCCACUAUCGCCCUUUAACAAUGAAAACCAGCUACCAGAUUCACGUAUGGCUUGGGACAGCAGCUGGGACAAACUCGGAACGUUGUGAGAGCGGGACGCCUGCCUGGCCUUCCUAUCAGUCACACUGGCUUUGUUUGGGUAGAGCAGACAGGUUGUUAUGAUGUGGAUCUACGUCGCGGUGCUCGCCCUGAUCUCGGAGGCCGUUGCAGGUGAGACAGAUCUUCAUAUAGAUGUUGUCACACAAAAAGGUGACGCGGCCACUUCUCUUCAGUCACUGUUUGACCAGUUUUACCAGUGGCGACUAAGGGAAUCCCCCGAGAUGGCCACUGUCCUCAACGUGCACGACUACGACGAUGUGUUGGAUAAAUUUGGAUUUGGGGAAAUGGACUUCCAAAAGGCAAAGGUUGAUGAGUUUCUAGUGAGUCUCGGUAAGAUCGACUACAACUCUCUGCCCAGACAACAACGGUACAACUACGCCGUCCUGAACGACACACUCACCACCGUGUCGCAGGGAUACCAGUGGAGACUGUAUGGCGCUCUAACCCCGAUCAACUUCCUGCAGGGCAACCAGGUCAAUCCCGGCUUUCUUCUCAAGGUCACACCAUUCUCCACACAGAAGGACUACGAGAGCUUCAUCUCCCGACUUGCAGCUGAACCCACACAGGUGUCGGACAAAAUCAGUCUGAUGAGAGAGGCUAUACGGUUGGGAAGAACCAGCAAUGCGGUGUCGAUGGACCGGAUUCCUGGGCAAAUAGAUGACUUGGUCAAGGACGAUCCGAGCGAGUUUAUCUUCUACAGACCAUUUAAAACCGAUCUCAACAAACUCAAUCUGACCGGCAUUGAGAAGACAAAUCUGAGAGCUCGGGCUCUUAAUGCAUCCACGCAGUACAUCAGAGCUUUGAAGCAACUAAAGGACUUCAUUCUACGAGAGUACAUCCCCCAUGCCCGAGCAUCCUACGGUGUUGGUGGACUCAACCAAGGGGCAAACUACUAUGCUCAGGUGUUGAAGUGGCACCUCACAGUUGACACCCCUCCUGGGCGGGUUCAUCAGAUAGGCUUCGAUGAAGUUGCACGGAUCAGCAAGAACAUGAGGCAGAUAAUGCAGAAGCAGAAUUUUAAUGGUACCAUCGAAGAAUAUUUCACCAUGCUGAGUAAAGAGCCUCGAUUUCAUUUCAAAACAGCGGACGAGAUUAUUGCCAGAUACCAGGACCUAAUCUACAACAGAUUCUACCCCGCUUUACCAAAGAUGUUCAAGAACAUACCAACACACAAAGUCAAAGUAACGAAGAUGGCUACAGAUGGUCCGCCGGCCCAGUACAUGCCCGGGUCCUCUGACGGGUCCAGAGAAGGCGAGUUCCAGGCCAAUGUCUUCAGGCCCAAUGAAACUGACAGCUUCACAAUGGUGGGAUACGCCCUUCACGAAGCAGUACCUGGCCACCAUCUCCAGAUAGCCAGACAACAGACCUCAGACUUGCCCGACUUCAGGAAGGAAGAUACCGGCGGUGUCAGAUAUAGUGCGCCUUUCUCCUUCCCCGCAUACACAGCCUACAUCGAGGGUUGGGCGUUAUAUGCUGAGUCGGUCGGAGAAGACCUUGGUCUGUAUGUCGACGAUUAUGAACUAAUGGGUCGAUAUAGUAACGAAAUGUUAAGGGCAUGCAGACUGGUGGUUGAUACUGGAAUACACUUUAUGGGGUGGACUAGGGAUCGUGCCAUUAGCUUCUUUAAACAGUACACGGCAUUGAGUGGAGGAAAUCUCGUGAACGAGAUCGACCGCUACAUCACGUGGCCAGGACAGGCAUGCGCAUACAAGAUAGGAGAACUGAAGAUCCAUUCUCUAAGAGAAACAGCAAAGAAUGCCUUAGCUACGACGCAGACGGGUUGAUUCAAGCAAAAACCUGCAGUAAACAAUGUUUGUUGGGAGCGAUAAGCCUGAAACAGGGUUCGGGAUAGUUAUUCUUGACUGGAAGUGGGGGAUUGUGUCAUGGUUACAAGGCGGCAUAGGUCAUUUUAUUCGAUACAGCGGUGGCUGCCAUGUUUGCUACUUCGAUGUAAACACAAGUUCCCCUCUCUCUCACUUUCCUCCUUCACGUGUCAAGGCUCCAAGUUUGACAUCCGGGACUUCCACGAGGUAAUCCUGUCAGCUGGGCCGGUUCCUCUGUCACUGCUGGAAACAAUCGUCAUCGACUGGAUCUCAGACUCUCUUAAAGCGAAACCCAGUCAAAUGUCAACAUCCGGGCAC